AUGGCCUUCAAUCCGCUCCGCGGCUCAUGCUCUUGUGGCCGAAACGAAUACCAAAUUCAUAUCCCGGAUGAUGUAACAACUCACGCCGAAGUGUACUUCGACAGCAGCCGAGACAAUCGUCGAUUUCACGGCACACCUCUUUCGGCGUGGCUAAGAGUGCCUCUUGGUUGGUACCAAUCCCACACUCGGUCCUUCUUCCCAGAUGAAUCACACUCUUCUAUUCGCCGCAUUCAUUCGCCCCGCCAUGCACCUCAAACCCAGCGUGUCUUCUGUGGCUACUGCGGUACACCCUUGACAUUCUGGACAGAGGAGCCCCUCGAAGAGUCUAACUUCCUGUCUGUCACGAUUGGAAGUCUGCUAGUGGAUGACCAACGCGCAUUGGAUGAUCUAGGAUUGCUUCCUCGGGACUUUGACGAGGAAACUCCCCCCGCAGGUAUCUUCACCUCAUCCGAGAUAGCGCCAGCCUCCGAAACCGCUUCAUCUUCGGCAAUUGCUCCGCUAUCUAAGGAUUUUGCGGAUAUUUCAAGGAGUCUACAGCACGGCAGAACUGGGGGGAUCCCUUGGUUUGAAGAGAUGGUAGAAGGGAGCCGUUUAGGUCGUUUGAUGCGUGCCCAGCGUGGCAUGGGACGCAGUGUUGAACAAUCGACUUCAGUCCAGUGGGAAUUUAGCGAAUGGCAUGAUGAUGGAACCGGUACAGGUGGGUUUCUACAACAGGAUUCGGACUCCAGCGGACACUUUAGGAGAAACAAGAAGCGGGUGAACCAGGACGAUGCUCAGAUUGAGUCUCCACCAAAGCGAGCAGGAUGA